AUGACGUCACGCGCACUUCUGAGACUCAGUAGCUGUGAAUCUUUAAACUUUCCGUCAACAAUGCAAAACGCUGCAGUCAUCAGCUGCGUUUUUAUUAGCAGCUUACUUCACACAGGUCAGUUUGCUCUAAUAGAAACAAAGGAGACUGUCUGGGCAGCAGUGGGAGACCAGGCUUCUCUGAGCUGUCGGCUCACUGAGGAUAAAGAUGUCCUCCAGAUUACCUGGCAGAAAGUCCUUCCUAAUGGAGAGAAGAACCUCGCCACUUAUACCAAGAAGUUUGGUUCCAGAGUGAGUGCAGGUGUGGAGGAGAAAAUGGAUUUUCAGUAUGAAUCUCUGCAGAGCUGCUCCAUGGUGAUCAGGAAGGUGAUGGAGGAGGAUGAAGGCUGCUACCGAUGUUUGUUUAACACCUAUCCUAACGGAGCGCUGAUAGGCAAAACCUGCCUAAAACUUAAUGAGCUGCAUGGACCCUUCAUUACUAUCAGCAGAUCAAACUCUCCUCCAGGGUCAGUUGUGACCUGUUCAGCCACAGGUCGACCUGUUCCCAUGGUAACACUGACUGUUCUCCAUCAGAACCUCAGCUUCUCCCACUACAACACCAGCAGAGUGACCAACACCAACGGUACCAUCACUUCCACCACCACUGCUCUGCUCUCAGCUCUCAGCAGCACACAGGUUGAAUGUUCAGUAUUCGUGCAAACUGCUGCUCUCAGAGAGCUGCUGGUCACCGUUCCUGGACUCAAAGACUCAUCUGAUGGUUUUGAUGAAGACUUUGAAUCUGAUGAUAAGGAUGAAAGAUGGCUUGUAACUGUUGCAAUGGGAUUACUUGUGUUUCUCUGUGGAGCUUUUGGGGUUUUAUCCAUGUUGUGGUUCAAAAAGAAGCAUCAGAACAGGAACAAGAAAAAUCCUACAGAACAAACUAAAAAUAAUCAGUCUGAAGAGCGUCAGAUGCCUGAAAAGAACAACGACAAUAACACAUGUGUCCUUAUUAACAGACAAACUAGCAAGCAGCAAUCACCAACAUCACCAACAUCACCAACAACACCUGAUAUAGAAAGCUGUUCACCUGAGGGUAUGAGACUACAUCAAAAACUAACUGCCAAGAAAUCUAAAUAAUAUAAUAAACCACUUGACUUGCAUUUUAAUGUUUAAUGCAAGAUGUUUUCUCAUUUCCUGAAAAGUUUCACUUUUAUUGAUAGAUUGUUUCUGUCAGUCGGCAGCCAUGUUGCCUAAUUAACCAUUGGCUUCAAUGAAGCUCAUCCACGUUUCCUGCAUGCUGUCAAUAAUUAUGGAACAAAAACGCUCACCGUAGAAAAAAAUACACAAUUUAUUCUUUGUGCAGUCAUAUAUGCUACAUGCUAACUGGAACUGUGUAGUUACAAUAGAGGUGGCUCCAAAAACUAUUGGAUUUUAAAAAAUAUUGUUCACUAUAGUUUUGUUUUGCUAUUGUGACAUAAGCAGCCAUCUUAAAUAAUGUCAGAAGCUAAA